AUGGAGGAAAAAGAGUUUAAUACGUGAAGCUGAGAAGAAGCUGCUUUGGUCUAUCGCCAAAGAUUGUGCAGUAUCAGCAAUCGAUUGGAUGAAGUUGACUCCGAAUAUGAUGAGUUAUUUUCAGAUGAGGAGUUCUCGGAGGAUGUCGAUGAUAUUCUUGGUGAAGAAGAUUGGAAUGAAGGCCAGGUAGAUGAAGAGUCUGAAGAAGAUGGGGACGAAUCAAGUGAAGAGGAUAGAGAAGAAGAGCUUACUGAGAAAUAA